GGCAGCCGGCGCGGCUGUAGUUUCGGAUUGAUUGACACGAUCGAGAGCGGUAACAUCGAGGAGAGGUCGUGGAGGAUUUUACCAUCUCGCCACCAGCCGUUCGCCAAAUUACACCAUGGCUGAUACCGAAAAGGCGCCGCAGCCGCAGCAGCCCCAACAGCCGCAGCAAGAACAACAAGAGGCGUCGCCAACCCAACCCAAGGCGGCCGCCAAACAAAAGCAGGUCAUCGCUGAGAAAGUUUCGGGCACAGUGAAGUGGUUCAACGUUAAAAGCGGAUAUGGUUUCAUCAACAGGAACGAUACCAAGGAGGAUGUGUUUGUCCAUCAAACUGCCAUCGCCCGAAACAACCCUCGCAAGGCCGUGCGCUCCGUGGGGGACGGAGAGGAGGUCGAGUUUGCUGUAGUCGCUGGAGAGAAGGGCUAUGAGGCGGCCGGAGUUACUGGGCCUGGGGGGGAGCCGGUUAAGGGCUCGCCCUACGCAGCCGACAAACGCCGGGGCUUGUACCGCCAGUUCUACCCGCGUCAAGGCGGCGGUCGUGGUGGUGAAGGCGCUCCACGCAGAGGCGGCAUGCCACGUGGCCCGCGUGGCCCGCCCCCGCCCACCGAGGGGGGCGCGCAGGGAGACGAGGGGCAGGAGGGAGCCGGAGCCCCGCCGCAGCGCAGCUACUUCCGCCGGAACUUCCGCGGCGGACGUGGCCGUGGCGGCGGCCCCGGCCCGAUGAACCGCGGCGGCGGAGGCGGAGGAUACCGCCGCAUGCGCCCGCGCAACAACUACCAGGGGCAGCAGGCGCCGGGCGCGGGGGCCGCCCCCGCCGGCGCCCCGGCCGCGCCGCGCCAGAACGGACAGGAGGGCGAGGCCCCGGCCGCCGCCUCCUCGCCGCAGCAGGCUAAGGCCAAGACCGCCAAGCCUGCAGGUACUACCAUCGAGACCACCACCAAUGAGAGCCAGGCCUAAACACCCGCGGCACAGCCCCAUAAGUAGUGCUUUGAUGUUCUAGCUGUGCUGCUCUCUCAUACAUGUUUAAUGUCUUGUCUGUUCAUCUACGAGUGUUUAAAAUAAAGUUUGUUCCACAUGAUGAGAUAUAAUCCGUCAUUCUAUGUGUAUUUUAACAGCUAUUAAUUUCCUGGAGGCUUGAUGCCCACAUAGUGUAAGACAAUUGCAUGAUUUUUUAAUAAUAUUGUAACAUAAUCUUAAAAGAAAAUGAUGCAAUUGAAGAAUCUGAAUUUUCCGAAGCGGGUAAAAUUGGAAUUAUUAUUAUGGUAUCAGUGUCACGGAUCAAAAUGUGAUUAUUUUAUUAUGAUAAUAAAUAACAAUUAUAUUAUUUUAAACUAUUUUAGAAGUUUGGUAUUACAGUAUUUGGUUUUAAUUACAUUUUGUGCAAUUAUGAUUGUGUUGUGAAGUGAUACACAUGUUCCAAAUCCCCAAAUCAUGUAUUUUUUAAAGUGAGAGUUAUUUAUUUUAUUAAAAUUCUUUUUGCAUGUUUUUAACCAAAAGUGUUGAUUUGUUUAGAAUGAAUUAAAUUAUUUGUGUAUUUUCGUAAACACUCUGGGAAACAUAAUAAACAUCUUUUUACCUGUG